CUUGCAAGCCUUCCCAGCACCCAUUGCAUCCCAUCUUUGCAGGCAUGGCUGCAGGUUUGCAAGGCCAGAGCGUUUCGUCCGGCAGCUCGGAGCUGAAAUCGGACGACGAAGGCGACGAGAAUUUGCAAGAAUCCAAAUGCAACGAGGACAAAAAGCUGGAGGAGGACAAGAAGGAGCUGAAAUCAAUUACUAGGUCAAGGUCUAGCAAUAACGACGACGAGGAUUUGACCCCGGAGCAAAAAGCCGAGAGGGAGAAGGAGAGGAGGAUGGCCAACAACGCGCGGGAGAGGCUGAGGGUGAGGGACAUCAACGAGGCCUUCAAGGAGUUGGGCCGCAUGGUGCAGCUGCACCUCAAGAGCGACAAACCCCAAACCAAGCUGCUCAUCCUGCACCAGGCCGUGGCCGUCAUCCUCAGCUUGGAGCAGCAAGUGAGAGGUGAGAGGGGCCUAUGGGGGCCUAUGGCGGCCUUAUGGGGUCCUAUGGGG